CAGAUAUGCGAUGAAUGCGUACUCAAGAGAGACCAUCACUGCGUCUUCAGUGGUUGUUGUAUCGGUUAUAAGAACUUUAGAUUUUAUUACGGAUUACUGCUAUACGUAGGAAUCGGCGGCUUUUACGCCACAGUAUUGAACCAAUUCUUCGUUUGGGAAGCACUGGGAGGAUUCAGUUGGAUAACAGUUGCCAAUCAUCUGUUGCCGUUCCCCUUCUGGCUAUUCGGACGAAUAUCAUUCCCAGUAAUGGUCUACACAUUCAUAGCAAUCGUCGAUUUGUGCGGAUUUCUGUUCGGCGUAAGUCUUCUCUACUAUCACUCGAAGCUAAUGAUCAACAAUCAGACCACUUAUGAGAAGAACAAAGGCAUCACUCAAUACAGUUUAGGCCAUUGGAAGGCCAAUGUGGUCGAGAACUUAGGGCCCAAUUGGGUGGCGGCUAUACUCUUGUCCCCAUUAGUGAGCUCUCCAUUGCCUCGAAAUGGCAUCGAUUUCCCGACAAUUAAAGAAAAUUCACUCAAUUCGUCGAAAUCGAAAUGAUUUCCAUAUUUUAUAUAUAAAUGUCAUAAUAAAUACACACAUAUUCUUAACCAUACGUUUGGUUAUGAAUCGCAAAAACAAACAUCAAUUCUUAUAUUAUAAUUACUGUAUAAUUGUUAUUAAUUUAUAAAUGAAAGCAUGCGUUAAAUGAGUGAUUAAUUUAUACCAUUAAUUUGUUCUAUAAUUAAAUUAAUUGUUAAGUUAUUUCCGGA